CUUGCACCAGUCAAGGAGUCCCACCUCAAUCAAUGGCGGCUACAAACCAUCUUCUGUCUCACUCUCCUUUCCUCCCGAAAACCCUAACACACCAGCAGCACCAAUUUACCCAAAACCCAUUUUCCAGAAUCUCCAUUUUACCACUCAGAAACACCAAAAUCCCCUCCAAGUCUCUCCUCUGUAUCAAAGCAGUCCUCUCACAAGAAAGCACAAAAACCCAAAACCCCCAACAGACGGCAUCGUUCCAACACUGCUUCACCAAAUCCUCAGAUGGAUACCUUUACUGUGAGGGCCUUAAAGUGGAAGAUGUCAUGGAGACUGUUGAGAGAAGGCCGUUCUACUUGUACAGUAAGCCCCAGAUUACUAGGAAUUAUGAGGCCUAUGAGGAGGCUCUUGAGGGGUUGAACUCGAUCAUUGGUUACGCUAUUAAGGCCAAUAACAAUUUGAAGAUCUUGGAGCACUUGAGGCAACUGGGUUCUGGUGCGGUAUUGGUCAGUGGGAAUGAGCUGAGAUUGGCUCUCCAUGCCGGGUUUGAUCCUAAAAGGUGUAUUUUUAAUGGAAAUGGAAAACUGUUGGAGGAAUUAGUUUUGGCUGCCCAAGAAGGUGUUUUAGUUAAUGUGGAUAGUGAAUUUGACUUGGAGAAUAUUGUGGGAGCUGCAAAAAUUGCCGGAAAGAAGGUUAAUGUUUUACUACGAAUCAACCCGGAUGUGGAUCCUCAGGUUCACCCUUAUGUUGCUACUGGCAACAAGAACUCUAAGUUCGGGAUUAGAAAUGAGAAGCUGCAGUGGUUUCUGGAUGCUGUGAAGGCACAUCCCAAUGAGUUGAAGCUUGUGGGGGCUCAUUGCCAUCUUGGUUCAACCAUUACCAAGGUGGACAUUUUCAGGGAUGCAGCAGUUCUUAUGGUCAACUACAUUGACGAAAUACGAGCCCAGGGCUUUGAAAUUGAUUACUUGAAUAUUGGAGGUGGUUUGGGCAUAGAUUAUUAUCAUGCUGGUGCUGUGCUUCCCACACCUAGAGAUCUCAUUAACACUGUUCGAGAAUUGGUCCUUUCACGAGAUCUCAAUCUCAUCAUUGAACCAGGGAGGUCACUCAUUGCAAAUACUUGCUGCCUUGUCAACCGUGUUACUGGAGUCAAAACUAAUGGAACGAAAAAUUUUGUUGUGAUUGAUGGUAGCAUGGCUGAACUCAUUCGUCCUAGUCUUUAUGAUGCUUAUCAACACAUUGAACUGGUAUCUCCUGCGCCAGAAGAUGCUGAAGUUUCAACUUUUGAUGUGGUGGGACCUGUCUGCGAAUCUGCAGAUUUCUUGGGAAAGGAAAGAGAACUUCUAACCCCAGCAAAGGGCUCUGGCUUGGUUGUGCAUGACGCAGGCGCUUACUGCAUGAGCAUGGCAUCAACGUACAAUCUAAAGAUGCGCCCCCCUGAGUACUGGGUUGAAGAUGAUGGAUCAAUCGCCAAAAUCCGGCAUGCUGAGACGUUUGAAGAUCACCUUCGAUUCUUUAAGGACCUGUGAUUGAGAUGUUUUCCAGUUAUUCCGGUGCAGGUCGGGGAAAUUGAAAAUGACACUUAAAUGGAUGGUUCGUUUCCCUACUGUUUAUUCUGUAUUUGAAUGUUUGAACUCGAUUUUACGCAUUGACCACUGUUUGAUUAUCUUUUAAAACUUUAGAAAUUAUUAAAGAAGAGUUGGGAAAGUUUUUACUUAUUGAAGCUCCACACUCCUACAUAAUCCUCCGAAGGGUGUGUUGUACAUCACAAUUGCACUCCAAUGUUUACUCUUACAAUUUUUGUUUCUCAAAAUGACUGGAUAUUGGAAGAGAUUGUGCUUUUGGGGUA